AUGGAUGCAAGACUCGACGUCAAUUCGUUGGGUAUAACAGCGACAUUGAUAUCCAAGUUGAUGGAUAAUCUGUCAAACUCAAUCGAUAGUACUUUACAAUCGAUACAGGAACAACAACAUCAACAGCAACAGCAACAGCAACAACAGCAACAGCAACAACAAUAUAAUCAAUAUUCAAAUAAUAAUUUAUCGAAUAAUAAUAGUUUACCAUUGUCGCCAGCAAAGGCGGCAGUGGCAUCACCCGGACGCAAUAAUCCACAUGUGCUAAUUCGUCGAAUGACUGCCGUACCGGGCGCGAUAAAGCAGGCGCCGAUAGCCGACCCGACGACGGAGCGGGACUGGACUGGCUUUGCCCGCGGCUUCUGGUUCUACAACCCGUCGCUAGCACUCAUUAGCGAGUCGGCCAAGACUUGCAAGGGCGUGGCCAUACGCCUCGUCCUGGAACUACUACCGCGCCACAUCCAACUGCUCACAUCUCACUCGUCAUCAAUGAUGGAUGGCGCCAAUACUCCAACGUCGCCACUGGGUGGCGUGCAGUCCCCGCCCAUCCAGGACGGUGUGUCGAGUCCGCGCAGCUCGUUGGUCACCAUCCUGUCGUCAGGCGCGCAGUCGCAGACCAAGCUAUUCAACUUUGACACGUUCCUCGCGGGCAUCACCAAUGGCCACCACUUAUACAACAGCGACAUCAAGUAUCUGGACAUCAUUGAGAGCACGAUGGAGAUUGUCGUGGCCGACAUCAUCACGCAGAUACUUGGCAGUAGCAGCAGCGGCACUCUUCACUCCAGCAUCACCGACACACUCUUGCAGCGUCUACGCGACAUCGCCUUCUACUACUUCAAGCCCAUACCACCACGAGCACUCAAUCACAUAGCGUGGAUACCUCUUCGUCAGUCAAUCUCUGAUCAAUGGUCUUUGAUCCUGGGUCAGCUGUCCAGGCUAUCAUUGACACCAAUCACAUACAGUCUUGCCAAGGCAAUGGAUGGAAAGCAGCCAGUUGAUGACGCCAUCCCUUUGUUCAGAGGUAUCCGUUGGCUGACACUAAGUAUGUCGGACAAUGACAGGAUCAAUGAAGUCGAGCGAUUGUUUGGACAGAUGCUGAUAUGGAUCGAAGGCAACAAGAAGAAUAACUUGUUGUUGGCACAGAUGGAAGCUUUGGAUGGUAUGUUGCUGUCGACCAGCGACUUUACAAUGUCGACAGGCAUAGCCGACAAGAUGAAGUUAGUUUAUAAGCGCGCAGAGAAGAUGCUAAAGAAUGACGACUUUGAGGAGCGCAGCCUGAAGCUGCUGACGACCAUCCUGACACGUGGCCCCAACUCGGUGUUUGAGGAGGAGUACGACACGAUCAUGAAGCGACUGUGGAAGACACUGGUCGUGCCCAAGAAGCGCGACUUCUCCCUCGAGUGCAUCCUGCGCUUGCUGCAGGGCCGCUUCAUCCCACCGCGUAAGAUCAUGGGCAUCCAUGCCAGCCUGUCGGCCAACACCGACGCGCCCGGUUCAUCCAUAGCCGCACAACUUCAGCAGCGCAUGGAAAAGGUCUACGAGAACUCAGGCAGCUACCUCUACGCAGGCCUGGCGAACAACCGCGUCAAGAUGCUGCCACGCCUCAACGACAUUGUCUCCACACUGUUUGGCAAGAAGCUGGUGGUGCCGCGUAUGAUCGAAUGCAUUGACUCGCUCACUGCCAUCACCGUGCAUCUCUCGGUCCACUCACUCAAGAUGCUUACCGACACCAUCAUCCCCACGCUCUUUGCCAGUCCUUGCCUACUGCUGCACGCUGUGGCCCUGCGCUCCCUGUCCAUUAUCCUGGACCCCAUCGAUGUAUACUGGCACACAUCGCCAUCAGCCAAUCCAAACACCAGGCUCGUUGCCAACGAGGUAACAUUCGUGCGCAAGGAGGAUAUACAGCUCACGUUCGAGACCUUCCUCACCAAGUCGUUCAAGUACUGCCACGAGCAGGCCUGUGGCGAUAACGCGCAACCAGCACAAGAUCCCCUGCCCCUCUCCACACAGUUCGAGCCGUCCAUCUCGUUGUACUCGCUGAUCUCUGAUCAGACAUGUGCACACAAGUAUGAAAGCGAGACGACCGUCGAGGCCAUCAAGCGUUGGUAUGAAGUCUGCACCAAGUCCCAAGACCAACGUGAGCGAGAGUUUAACGAUCAAUACCGAACUAAUUGCGCGAACUUGAACCAGAAGGUACACUAUUGGGAGCACAUCAACACACUACAGUCACAGCCUGCCGAGACGUAUCCGAUGAGGAGACGUUCAGUCAGACGCAAGGUGAUCAAUCCAGACCUGUUGGAAUUGUUCAAAGAGACGAUCAGAUGCAUUACAUUCAUGCCAAAGAUAUUCAUUGCGAGCACUGGAAGCAGUGCUUUACACAAGUUGGUACUACACGAGGAGGAUGAGAUUGCAAUGGCAGCGUCACACGCUAUCCAGGUGAUCAUGUGUGAUCACCCAUCGUUAAGGACCACGCUCGUCCAAGGCUACGCCUCACUCAUUCUCCAGUUCAAUGGCAAGGACCACACGGCCCUACAGACCCUGCUCUCACAGCUGCUCGGUCUGAUCGAUCUGUGGAAUGAGCGUUCAUUCAUCGAGUCCAGACACUCAUCCGUACCCCUGGACAGCUCGUUCUACCCGCCACAAAUGCUGCAGACUGAGAUCGAGGCCAUUGGCCUCGUCCACCUCACCUCGCCCAACCCCCAGAUCAGGAUCAUUGCCCUCCAGCUUAUUCGCUCGAUCUCUGGUAUAAGAAACACAGAGACCGCCAACACGCAGGUGGCCAGUGUACUGCACUCCAAGUGGCGCAUGAUAAUGCAACGCGCUCGAUACCAACUCAUGCUGGACGACUCGCAUGGCAUUGGCCAGGACAUCAAGUUGAGCCCGAAUGGCGACGACCUGCCCUCUAUUGAGGAACUGGCCAUGGGCACGCAUGACCGUCUGUGGGCCUUUGCGCUGUCUGAGAUUGGUCGCGAAGCCGUCGAACAUGACUGCGUGCGAACGCUGUCCAAGGCCCGUACCACGCUGCUCGAGAUCCUGGCAGACAUGCCAUCGCCAUCCAACCCACUGCUAGAGCCCACCACCGAUGAGACAAAGCGUCAGAGCUCGUAUUCACUUCGAUACCUGUGGGUCAAUUGCCACGCGCUGCUCUUCUCCAUCAGUGGCAUUUCCUCAGUGUAUCCGCUCAAACCGGCGCCUGGACUUGACCCCCUGAUGGACGACCUGAUCAACUUUGAGCACAACCUGCAGAACAAGAUCACAACGUACCUUCCCUUGCACUUCUGGGAGGGCAUGCUGUCAGACAACAACUGGAUUCGCGACAAGCUCUCUUUCUUGUGUGGACUGAUGCACUGGCGACUGUUGCCCUGUGUGAUCGACUCGCUCAAUCGAUGGUGGACUACAAACAGGCUCAAUAAGAAGUUGGGGCGUGUGCGUGUGGACCUCUCAAACAUCUUCCGCCGCAUCUCUCAGCAUCGCGACUUCCACCGCGUCCUCUCAGAGUCGAACGACCUCAUCCAAGUGUUUGUUCAGUUCAUCCAGCAGAUCGAGCCGAUCUUUGGCGAUGCGACCAAGUUGCCAUCUUUGGCGCACUCGUCAUACUUCACCGACAAUGCCGUCGUUGUGUACAACUUUUGCAACUCCCUCUACACGCCCACUCCAUGUGCGCAAGAGGGACCCGUGCGCAAGUCUCUGAUCUCAUGCAUCCGAUCCAUCCCAUGGACUGUGGGCGAGCGCUACAAGACGUUCCGCACGAUCCUCCAGUGGAGCGGCCAUCCACUUGUCGCGCACUCACGAAUGCAGCUCGAAGCCCUGGAGUUGACCAAGCGGCUUUCAAAGAAGGAUUCUUCAUCACGAGAGGAUGAGCGACUCAAGAUCAACACCGAGCUCACUCGUAUACGUAGAUGCUCGCGCCUGGCAUCCGAGGCCAUCCUGCGUCUUGGUGCGCUCUUUGAGGAGGGCCACCUACAGGAGGUCAUUCCAUGGGUGAUCGACUCGGAGCUCAAAGGUAACCGCAUCUUGCGUUGGGUGCUCUCGUACCACUUUGACGAGUCAUUCUUCUUCUUCCUCAACAAAGCCUACGACCCCUCGGCCAACGAGGCUGUGGCCUUCCUGCACGCCAUCUACGACCAGUACCUGCCUACACCAUCGGCCAACCCGCCCACCGUGGGCAUCAGCGAGGAUAUCUUCCAGUAUUACUACAAACGCGCACUCGAGGAGUCCAAGCAAGAGCAGCUCGAGAACGACCCGGUGACAUCCAACGACCGUAACUUUGCGCGCCGUCUCAACGAGAUUGGUGGCACUCUCCUCUUCCUCGCCUGUCUGAACCUUCUUCACCCAACCAUGCUGGCUCGUGUGCGCUCUUUCGAUCUGAUUGCACGUCUGGCACCCUGUGCCUUUGGACUCUUCCUCGAGGAAGAUGUUGCCAUCCGCUCAGCACUUCUCCCUCUGCGCCAAUCAUUCGCCUCGCCCAUCCUCCACACUUGCAAGCAGUCAGCCAUCAAGGUAUCGGCGAUGGUGUCACAGGUCUGCUUCGAAUGGACAGAGCGACUGUUCGAGGAAGUGUUCCUGCGCUAUGGUUCACUGUCUGCGCCCUUCCAGCGCUGGACCAUCCAGUUCUUGUUGCCCUGGUGCAACAACAUUUCGCUCAGCAACAAUGGCGACAAUGGACGCCUGACCCGCAGCACACCAUGUCGAUUCCUCAUGGCUCUGUUCAAGAUGACGGAGCUGCUACACGACUGCCCCGUCGGUCAGCACAUCGAUGUGGACUACAACAAUGCCAACUACGACAUGCUGCCCGAGUUGAUAGAGUUCUGGACGACGCUGGCCAAGCGCGAGCCAGGUAACCUGACGACAAUCGUCAACUUCCUUAUCAAGAAGGGCGCCUCCAGCUUCGAGUCGCUUGGCCUGUGCAAGCUGCUCAUCCUUCAGGUCUACCAGCUCAACCCCAACGCCACGCUUGAGCCCCUGAUCUUCCCACUCAGCUAUGCAGGCGCGGUGGUCGAACGCCGAUCAGAAUACGCUGCUGAGAUGUCCUCCGACAACUUGGGCGAUGGACCACAGAGUGGGGCGACGUCGCCCAGCGAUGAGAAACGCGCCAGCAAGCAACAGUCCAAGAUCAGGGAGGUGUGCGUGCGUAUCUUGACCGACCUCAUUAGCGACAAUGUCAAGCCCAUCGUGCCACAUCUUCACAUUCUGCUCAACUACUCACUCCUACGCAUUGACAUUCCCUUGGAGAAUACUCAAGAGGAGCGCCGCGCACAGAUGCGUGCAGUCAUGAAAUCGAUCGACACCAUUGCCACCUCAUUCUGUCUGCCCACCUUCCAAAUCAAGUUCGACCUGCACGAUGGCAAGAAGGAGCUUGACAUGCGAGCCCUCUACCUCACAGAUGGGCGCUCAUCAUUCAAUGGACGUCGCAUUGGUAGCGGCUCCAUCUCUGCGCCCGCCACGCCAGUCAAGCCAGGUGCACUCUCGCCCCCUACCACCUCCACCAACAACAACAACAACAACAACAACAACAGGUCACCAUUGGUAUCGAGCACAGAUGAUGUGAUUGAACAUCGCAAUGAGAUGAUCAAGUGGUGCAAUGGAUACAUUUACGUGGAGGAGUUGAUCACCGUGCUAUGCAAGUACUGCGAGCUGAUGACGCCAGUCACGAUCGAUAAGUGGGAGGCCGAGUCCUUGUUGUGGAUCAAGAAUGAUCGUGACCCCAAGCUCUCAGUCAAGUCGUGCCAGGUCUACCGCACGAUCAUUCACUGCCAGCAACAGCUACCACAGUCACUCAAGGACAAGCACAAGACCACGACACUGCGCAGACAAAAGUCACGAUGGGCCUCGAGCAUCGAGCAUCUGAUGCGACUGCUACACGAGUCGACGGAGGGCCUGGACGCGGUGGUCAAGGUGCUCGAGAUGGCCGCAGAGAGCGGAGAGAACAGCGCAGACAGCGACUUCCUAAUGUCCAUCAACAAACAGAUACAGAGUGGCAGUGAGGCACCUGAGGCCUUCCAUCGAGUGAUGUGCAUGGAGCUGUUGUUGACAUUGAAGCAGAUUGCUCAUGGCCAAAACAUCGAUGAGUUAUCCAUCUCUUCAAUCUUUUGGACUGCCGCUUCAUUCUUGGCCGAGUCACACUAUUACUAUGAGCCACUGUAUAGUGUCGCCCUGGACAUCCUACACUUGCUAGUCAUUGAGCAGGAUGUACUAGUCAUCACUCAAUCAUCAGUCUACAUGAACAUCCUGCGACUGGCCAACGAGAUCACUCUGCCACGCGGCCUGCAGUACCACCUAUUGCGGGGCAUCCUCUCGCCAGCCACCGAGAAGCAGGCUAGCCAGCUCAUACUCUCCUACAUCAACGUUGCUGACAAUGUGCUUGUGGACACGGACGGCGCCCCCCUGCGCUUCCUCUUGCCAGUGCUAGCACUCACCCCGUGGCUACACAACAAGCUGCUCACGUCCAAGUCUUCCAUCGUGUACAAGGAGCACAAGGUCUAUGCCGAUGAGAUUGCCAGCGACCUGGCCACCUCUCUGCUAGACCGCCUGCCACAACAAGCUAGCCUCUCGGCAAUCUUCAAGCGCUACUCAAGUGGAGGAUACAACUCCAAUCCGGACGAGUUCUUAACGUCAGUGAUCGAGGAGAUACGCGCACCCUGCAUACCAGUGUUUGCCAACCAGUGUGCAGACCUCAUCUCAAACAUGUUGGACAACUCUCAGCCACUUACCAAUUCGAUACUCAAGACGGUGAGCGCGCUGCUCAAGGAUGCACCACUCACUGUGCUGCCAAUGUUCAAGAACAUCUUUAAGAUCGCAUGUGAGGCUGGUGCCUCGUCACCUGUUGCCGGCUCACUGAUCAAUCUGGCCACGACCACGAUGAAGACCGAGGUUCUGAAGCCUGGUGACAUACCCGCGCUACAGACUCCAUUCAAGAAGUCACCGUCCGAGCUCAUCAAGUUGAUCAUCCCACGAACAACCAAUACGACCGAGGCAAAGAGACGCAUGGCCAAGUCGUUCAGUAGCAAUGCGGCAUCAUUGAACAGCACCCAGCGUAUCUUACACAAGAGGCUGUCUCAGUUGGCCAACUCUGGCAGUCCUAGGAGGGAUAGCUCGGGUAUGCCAAAAGAGAUGUAUGACUCGAUGGAGUUUGACCAGGACGUGUUGAACGAGGUCAAUGGCAUCAUACAAGAGUCGAUGACCAUCUCCAUGCGCGACUCACUCUGGCGAUCCAACGAUGAGUACAACGUAUACCUGGAUGACCUCGAUGAGAACGAUUUUGACGACGAUGUACUUGACAUCAGCGAGGUAAACACAAUGAACUUUGAGUCAUUCGACACCAAUCAACUAUUAAGCAAAUUGAAUGCUGCCAAGGCAAUCACAAACAAUGGCAAUGGUAACCUGUCGAGCAAGCGCAUCAAGGCCAACUCAAUCCUCUCAGUGAACAGUCGUGGCAACCUCGCGCUAUUGUUGAAGUCACAUAGCAACAACUCAAAGGACAAGCUAGUCACAUCCACUUCAACUACGUUUGAUAGUGCCGCCACAGCCGCCGCAGUCAUCACAACACGCUCACCCAGACUGUCAGCAACCAAUGCCCCCACGGCAAUCAGCAAUCUUGUCAAGUCGAAGUCCAAAGAGAAGGACGACGGCACCAUAGAUAGUCUUCGCGAGCUCCUUGCCAGCACAUCCACAAAGGAAGAUCAGAAUGACCAUCAACAAGAGUCCAACCUCCAGAUCGAUCAGUUACUGUCCAACCUCAAUCAAUUGGACCAGGACGAGUUUGACAAGUUGAACAAUGCACUGGACGAUCUCAAUGACUCCACUGGCUUGAACUCAUCAUUCCUAGGCGUGUCCUCCCGUCUAGCCAACACACUCAUGGCCGAGACAUCUGCCGCAGCAACUCCCAAGCAACGACCCAAAUCCCAGACGGCACCUUCUCGACUGACAGGCAUCAGGGCCAUCCUUGCCGAUCCCAAACAACGUCGUGCAUUCCUGGACUAUCUAAAGAAGCAGCACUUCCAGCAGUCAAUCAAUGAUGUAUGCUUUGUGGAAGUCGUCCAGGACUUUAAGAACGAACUCACCAGUGCCGAGACAAACAAUGGUGACAGCUUGCUCUACCUCAUUCGUCACAUAGUCGAAGGAUUCAUCAUGGAGAAUGCACGACAUUCAAUCUCCAUCACAGAGAGCGAGAGACAGAACAUCAUCAGGUACUACCAACAAGUGAUGAACAGUGACCCAACAGUUAUGAACAAUGAUAACAUUAUUGAUCCGACUAUAUUUGAGGUGGCGCUCAACAUGGUUAUGAAGGCGCUGGAGGAGAAGUCCAUCCUUGAUCGAUUCCUUGGCAACUCCAAGUCGACUGCAGUUACCAAUAAAUAA